AACCUUACUGUGAGAGUUUUGGCUGACGUGACGCAGAGUCGGGACAGUGAGAGAGGGAGCAACUCACACUCCUCUAUCUUCCUCUCUUCCUCUGUGUGUAUGAGUGUGUCAAUGUCUCAAUGGCACAAAGAUGAAUGUACCAGGGAUCUCCAGGGGUCGCAACCGUCUCACAAUGGUAUUGAUAUUGAUCCCUGCACGCCAGUUGGAGGCUCAAAGCGCGGCUCCGAUGCACAGUCGUCUGCAGCACUAGACUCAAUAAGUCUACCUACUGCUCAACUGAAAGCAAGCGUGUCAAGUCCUUCCCAAGAGCCCAAGAGGGGCACGGAAUAAUGUGGCCUUCGGUAGUCACGUCUUAGUCUCACUCUUAUUCCCUCCCCCCUCCCGCAAAGUCCCAGGGAUCUAGAUUCUAAAGCCCCAAUGCUUGCAUGUCGGCAGGGUUGCUGC